UCGCACUGUCAGAUACACGUACGCUCCGCGGUUGGUGGCACAGCACAGAGCACGCAGCCCCCCUGCCCAGGCCGAAAGACGGGUAGGUAGUGGACAGGUGAGGCGAAAGCGGGAGGCGGCCGAGGUGACGCCGUCGUGGGUGGGUAUAAAUGGCGGAGCUGCCAAUCCCACCACAGUCGGCAAGGAAGGAAGGAGCCACCCCCCUCCCCAUUCCUACCCACCCAGCAUCUCGGCAGUAACUCUCCUCCCUCCCACGCGGCGCGCCCGCUCGCCGCGCGCGCGAAUCUCGGUCGCAACUGGUGUACUGUUGAAGGAAGGAAAAAUCAUCCUAUUUGUCAUGGCGGGAACUGACUCCUCGGCGUCAUCGAGACAAAGCAGUUUCAACUCAUUAGCAAAGGACCUAGAACUUCCUUUGGAGCAAGGGUGCCUCACCAUCGUUGUACUUGGGGCUUCUGGAGAUCUUGCCAAGAAGAAAACGUUCCCGGCACUCUACCACCUUUUUGAGCAGGGGUUCUUACAAUCUGGUGAAGUGCAUAUAGUGGGGUAUGCGAGAACAAAUCUUUCUGAUGAUGGGUUGAGAGGGCGCAUCCGUGCAUACCUUAAAGGAGCCUCAGAGGAACAUGUUUCAGAAUUCUUGCAAUUGAUAAAAUAUGUCAGUGGUUCCUAUGACAGUGGAGAAGGUUUUGAAAAACUGAACAAGGAAAUAUCAGAUUAUGAGAUGUCAAACAACUCAGGAAGCUCCCGUAGGCUCUUUUAUUUGGCAUUGCCUCCAUCUGUCUACCCUUCAGUGUGCAAAAUGAUCCGAACAUAUUGCAUGAGUCCAACUUCUCGCGCUGGAUGGACUAGAGUAAUUGUUGAGAAGCCCUUUGGAAGGGACCUGGACUCUGCAGAAGAAUUGAGUUCCCAACUUGGGGAGCUAUUCGAGGAAGAUCAACUCUACAGGAUUGACCACUACUUGGGAAAAGAGUUGGUCCAAAACUUGCUUGUGCUUCGUUUUGCGAACCGUUUGUUCUUACCACUUUGGAACCGUGACAAUGUUGAUAAUAUACAGAUUGUAUUCAGGGAGGACUUCGGAACUGAUGGACGUGGAGGAUAUUUUGAUCAAUAUGGAAUCAUCCGUGAUAUCAUUCAGAACCAUUUGUUGCAGGUUUUCUGUUUGGUUGCAAUGGAAAAGCCUGUAUCUCUUAAGCCUGAGCACAUCAGAGAUGAGAAAGUCAAGGUUCUGCAAUCCGUGAACCCGAUAAAGGACGAAGAGGUAGUCCUUGGACAAUAUCAGGGCUACAAGGAUGACCCUACAGUGCCAGAUGACUCUAAUACCCCAACGUUUGCAUCUAUUGUACUUAGGGUACACAAUGAAAGAUGGGAAGGUGUUCCUUUCAUUCUUAAAGCUGGUAAAGCAUUAAACUCAAGAAAAGCAGAAAUUCGUGUGCAGUUCAAGGAUGUUCCCGGUGACAUUUUUAAAUGUAAGAAGCAGGGAAGAAAUGAGUUUGUCAUACGCCUCCAGCCAUCAGAAGCCAUGUACAUGAAACUAACUGUAAGUCCAGCUACUUGUGUAUGAGUAAUGUCUCAUUCUGUUUUUCUGCAGUAAAAUUUUCUGACAUGUUGAGCAGAACAGAGCC